AUUCCUCUUUCCUCUGCUCCAGGCAUUUUGGGUACUUGUCUCGCCCUUUGGACCUCAGGGACAAUCUGUUCCUCCCAUGGCAUACACAGUCUGCAGUAAUCUUCUGCAUCACCCUCUCUGUAAACCAGAGAUCUGCCAUGGCAUGCUAGUUGUGGUUGCUAAAGGCUGGGAAACACACAGAAGCCCUUGCCCCGGUCUAUGGAAAAACUGUCAUGGAGGUCUGCAUAUUCUUCCUUUGUGCUGUGAUAUUUCUCCCAGGUAUUGCUGCCAGUGUGCAUCUGGUGAAGGCAUUUCUCCAUCACACUGUACACCUAUCCUGCCAUUUUCCAAACUCUCAGAAAAUUGAUGUAAACAAUUUAGUAAUUUUUUGGCAAAAAGACACUAUUAAAGUGGUGCAUGAAGUAUAUUAUGGCCAAGAAAAACAUGAGAACCUUAGUCCUGAAUAUAUAAAUCGUACCAAGGUGGACACGGGCAAAUGGACCUUGCAGUUGCUAAAUGCAGGAGUUGAGGACGAGGGACUCUAUCAGUGUAUUAUUAUGCAAAAAAUAACUGAACGAUCAACAGAGGUCAUACACAAAUCUGAGUGCUCACUACACAUCAUUGCCAACUAUAGUCAACCUGAGAUAGCAGAACUGCACUCCGGGGAACUAAAGCCCAACGGAUACUUGAAUCUUUCCUGUUCUUCCGGUGGAGGUUAUCCAGAGCCCAAGGAGAUGACUUGGCUAAUUUCAUAUGAGAACAUAACACACAGCAGUACGGCUCACAUGGAUAUCUCACAGGAUGCUGUGACAAAGCUCUACAAUGUUACCAGCAAGCUGAAUAUCCCGGUUCCGGAGAAAAGCCACACUAAUAUCAGCUGUUUGCUCCACCUUAGGGAGCAGCUGGGAAGCCUUGUCUCAGUCCCAUUGGCCAUAGAGAUACCAGACAAUCAAAUGAAGCAAACAGAGAUAAAUUUCUUUGGCCCACUUAUAGCUGUGGUUGUACUGAUCACUUCUGCACUUCUGGGUUUUGUGAUAUUAAAGAAGAACAGAAAUAUCUUGUCUACCAACCAAAGUGACAGUCUAGCAGUCUAGAAGCUAUCCAGCUUGAAACUGUGACCAUCAGCCAGACUGCUGACUGGGAACCACCUCUGCACACAGCAAAGCAUGAGCUCUCAUGUUUUUAAAGGUUCUGCCAGUACAAGAAUCCUCCCCAGAAGCCCUACAGAACAAAAUGCAGCACUUCUGUGUAAUGGCUGAAACCUACUUCCUGGUGUUCUCUGCUUUUAUUUUUGCUCCAGAAUGGUAGUAAAUAUGAUGCUUUACCUGUCUGCAUGACGACCUUUUUGUUGUAUAUUUUAUUAUGCACUGUGACCAUGUAAAAUCCUGAGAGUCAAUGGAGAAAGCAGAGCUACAUGGGUCACAGAAUGUCUCAGAAAUAGAAAGAGUUAAGGUGCAAUCUGUGAAUCAUAACUAUCACUGCAAACACAAUCAGAGGUAGGCUAUUACCCAUAGAACCAUGGAAUCAUAGAAUGACUUGGGCUGGGAGGGACCUUGAACAUCAUGUAGUUUCAAACCUCCUGCCUAACCAUGAGCCAUAAAGGCUUUUGGCAGAGCCACUGUAGCUUUGUACUUGUAACUUCCUUGUAAAGCUUCACAUCAGAAAGAGGAACUUCAGGGCACUUCCCCACCUUCUGAGAAAAGUAUCAAGCAUUUGAAACUAGAAAUAAUCAAAAGGAAAUACUUGCUUUAAACACAAUUUGUGAUUAACAUCCUUUUUUAUAUAUAAAUCAUCCAAACUUAAUAUGUUCAGGCAGUUAGUACCUCCACAUUUUGUUCCUCUGUACUCUGACUGAGAACAGUAACAGUUGUUCAGGUGGAUGCAGGGAUAGAAAAGAAUAGCAUGAUGUAUAAUAUGUGUAUAUCUAACCAUAUAAAAUUAGGCUGAGUAGAUAAUGAAAAAAUAUUACAUAUGUCAUGUUCCUUUUUGGUUGACUGUUCUCCCUUCUUAAUUUUACUUCAGACCUUGAUGAUAGAGCAAUUCAUACGCUGCGGUAUGUUCAGCCAUAGGAAGGAGUUUUAUCUUUCAGAAAAGAUCCUUUAUUUUGCUCAAAAUGUGUCAGUUCUCCAAUAUUGUAUGAUCUCCACAAUUUAUAUUCUUCGACAGCACUGACGUCUUUCAGGAAGAAGAAUGCAGCAGAAUUGAGACAAAAUUCUGAGAUCUUGAUUGUGUUUGUAGGUCUGACACUUUCAGAAGAGCAGGGACAUUAGCAUCAUAUUCUCAAGACAAAUUUCAGCUCAGAGUUGCAGUCUGGGGACAUAA